GUCUUCCCGCGAGUAGACUCUCUUCGCAUCCAGAUCGAGAAUGAAGUGUUUCAUAUUUGCCACUGCCGUUGUCCUGGCCUGCCUGGCCUCCCUGGUGACAGCCGGAAAUGUGAUUAUUGGCGGCGCCUGCCGCGAUUGCAGCCCUCCGGUGGCGGAAAAUGUCGUGAUCGGGGGCAAGGCCUACAGGACUGGCAGGCCCGGGCAGGGUAAUGUCUUCAUUGGCUCCCCGGAGGCGUAUCCCGGUGCCCUGGGUCCUCAGGUGUCUCGCGAGGGACCUCGGGUCAUCGCCGGAGGACCUUCUAUUGGUGGCCCCUCUGGAACCCGGUACCCCGAUGGCUACAGCGGCCGUGUUCCAGGUGGCACUUACCUCCACAACCAGGACUGCGUCGGUUGCAGCAUUAGCGGGGGCGGAGACUAAGACUGGGGUUGCUAAGAGUGACUGGGAGAGAAUGUAAAUAAAUUUUUAAAAAUAAUAAAAUUCAUCUUUAAA